AUGUUAAGAUUUCGCCCUAAACUGGGAAGUGAACGUAGCAAGGAAUGGAGAUGCUGCUUUUGUCUCCAUGUGCGAACUGGAACUAUUCUGCUGGGAACAUGGCACUUAAUGUUACAUCUCAUAGCUCUAGGCUUUUUAGCCGCAGUUGUGCGUAAUCCGCGACUUCUAGAUGAGCUUGAACAUGAUUCAGCAACUGAAGCCGAUUGGAGCGAUGUUGGAAAUCACCGUUAUGAAAUGCCCACUCCAUUAUCAAAUGUGGAGCCACGACCCAUCAACUUACAACAUACUACACAGUCAAAAGAUCAUACUCUAAUUUACCUGUGCACGUUGGCGAUCACACUCAUGCUGAUAUAUGGCGCAGCGCGCGGCAAGCCGGCUCACCUCCUGCCUUUCUUCUGUUUGCAAAUAUUUGAUUUCGCGAUCACAGUUGUUACGGCGACCGGAUACCUCUGUUACCUGCGCUCUAUCCACCGUCUUGUAGCGGAGACUAGACGCGUGCCUUGGCGUGCGCAGCUCCUGCAGUUGCCAGCACCAGCUCUCGCUCUUGUCGUAGUUUCCGCAUUCCUCGUUGCAGUUUUGCUUAAGGCGUAUUGCAUCAACGUAGUCUGGCGUUGCUACAAGUAUCUGACGAUGCGCACUCACGCCCUACAAAGUCUCACGCCGUUCGUUAUAUCGAGUGAGGGCGUGGUGAGCGCCGCUCCGGCGCCGCCGCCUUAUGUGUCGCCGGCACCGGCGCCGGAUUACUCUAACCUGCUGCCGGAUUAUGAAGAGGCAGUGAAGCAAACACCGCCACCGUCUUACCGCGCCGCCACACUUAUGACCACCCCUGAUACGGCCGCCGCACCGCAAUCUGGUACGGGCGACUCUGCUGCCACGGCCACCACAGUAGUGAUGCUGCCAGCUGCUGGCGUGCACGCUCGCGUAUGA